UCUUGUUUAUAUUCGAGUCCGCAGUCCGAUGCUAUUCGCACUGGCCACGAAAAGUCACCAGUAAAGACGUUACGUGCGACGAGGGCGGUCCUUCAUUCUUUCCCUCACCAUGAAAUCCGUCGUGAGCUUAGCGCUGCUCGUUAUAGGUUGGGUCAAUGCGGCCAUUUUGCCACCCAUCGAUCACAACAACAUCAAAGAUAACGAAGCAACCGAUCAGCCCAAACCGAGUAUUCGAUUUCUGCCGAACGAUUCAGACAAAAUUUAUCGAACUGGCGACACAAUACGGAUCGUCUGCGAAGCCGAUUUCCAUCUCGAUUGGAAACUACCCAGCAUCUUGGAAACGCGUGACUACGGAGUGACGUUGAAGAACGAACUGGAAGAUCGUAUUUCGAUCGAGGACGUGCAGCUUUACGACGUCGAAGAUGAUUCCGCUAAUCAGGAUGGCUUAUUCGAUUAUCCUUAUCGUUCGGUUCUAACGGUGCACGAAGCCAGUUACACCGAUACUGGUUAUUACGCUUGCCACAAUCGCGAUAACGAUGACGGCGAUGAUGCAAUCAAAACCUACGUUUUCGUCGAAGACGAGGACAAUCUGAUUGUGCAACACAGGCAGGUGAUGAUGUUCUCGCAGAGGUUGUCGCGUUAUUCGGUCAUCGUUCCGUGCAAACCAUCGCAUCCCGACAUCGAAAUGUCGGUCAUGAUCGGCAAAGACGUGAGAGCUGAUUGGGUGUACGAUCCGCACGUUGGAUUCUACAUCGAUAACGAUUUUCUCAAUUCAGUGGAUAACAGUCAUUUGCCGAUCUAUCGCUGCCUUGCCCGCCAUCCUAAAGGCUUCGAAGCUGACACACCUGUUUACAUUUGGCAGCCAUUCAAACCUCUUAUUGCGAUGGAAUCGGACGUGCUGAUUCAAAUGCCAACCAGACGGAUCGUGGUCAGCCAACAUUUCCAAUUGAACUGUUCCAUCACGUAUUACCACACCCAAAAUUUGACUGUCGAAUUGCAUUGGAUGGUCCCCCAACUUCGAGGCAUCGACGGAAAGAGAGUGAAGUCGGAGAAAUUGAUGUUAGCAGCUCCUCCGAGAGGUGGAAAGAAACGGACGACGGUCAGAUCAACCCUUCGAGUUCAUAAUGCAACGCUCGAUGAUGGUGGAUUCUACAUGUGCGCCAGCCACCAGAGUUCUCACAAUGUCAACACGAUGGAUUGGGCCGAAGUCUUUGUCAACAUCCACCAUAAAGAAGAUGAGUCUUUCCUUCUGGUUUCGACGCCGUACAACGACGGUCCUCGGGACGUCGAUGCUGGGAAAACAACGACGUUCGUCGUGUACGUCGAUGCCCGUCCCGAUCCUGUGGUCGACUGGUUCAAAGAUGGUGAGCUGGAACCGAUUGCUACAUCAGCUAAAUACGUCGUCCAUCGAAGUUGGGGAAAGACUUACCUGAAGAUCAGAGAUGCCUCCGUUGCGGAUAACGGCGUGUAUCGUCUAAUUGCGACUUCGGGCAAGCAGAGGAAGAGCGUCAAUUUCACGCUAGUCGUCGAUGAGGGUAAACCACAAUCUUCGAUGAUGAGCUGGCGCUAUUCAUUCGAUUUCGUUUCGCCGCUGUUUUGGAUCCACGCGCAGCCUCCGAUCGUCGGCUUCUCGUUCCUUCAAUGUCGACCCCCGCUUCCUUGUCUAUUGUACAGCAGACGAUCAGGAGAAAACGACGAAACGGUGUGGGAUGUCGACACGUUCCGACAAGUGGAUCGCAAAGGCCACAUCGUUUUAGAACCGCUGACGAUUUACGUUAAAAGUAGCCCUGAAGAAGAUCCUGCUGUCACAACGGAGUAUAAUGAAACGGAUCGUUUCUUCUAUUUGGGUUGGGUGGUCAACACGUUUUACAAUUCCAGCGGCAACGGGUCCUGGUCGUGGACUCAAACGGAUGGAACUACCGUUCCAUUAGAUCUUUCCAACCCACCUUCAGGUUUCAAUAUUUCUAAGAGGCAGUGUUUAGAAAGGCGAGGAUAUUGUUACAGAAUCAAAGGCAUCAAUACGAAUUCGGAUCAGCUCGGGCACAGCGUCGUUGCUGGUGAAGUGUUCACCUGGAAUUUCCUCUCGACUGCGGAUGGAACGCGAAUUUCAAUACCGAUCCAAAUCCAAGAUGUCCGAGAGCCUGUAAUCACCGAAAGUAGCGAUGCUGAGUUGGCGGUUUUGCCCGGUAAAUCGACAUCUCUUUAUUGUUUGGCGGAAGGCCAACCAAGUCCGAAUGGCCAGUGGUUACGGAACGGGGAUCCUGUGCCGGACGAAUGGAUCGAACGAACGGAUAAUGGCAUCAGUUUGAAGAUUCAAACGGCAGAAUCCUCUGAGCAUUCUGGCACGUACACUUGUCGUUUUGAAAAUGUUGCCGGCAUUACAGAAAAGAGCCUUCACCUUCAAGUUUUAUAAACUUUUGUUUGUUUUUGUUUAGUGAGUCAAAUUCGAUGUCUUUAAAUCUUCUACUUGUAAAUAAUAUUCCUCGCUAGGGAAACGAAAUUACACGCUAAACACUUUCUUUAGCUUCGGCGAUUUGUGCAUGUAAUUCAAGUCCAAAAUAUUACGUUACGCUGUACUGAAAUGCUGUUCUGGUUUCAAGAUGUUGACAACAAUGUAAUACAGUAUAAUUAAGAGCA